GCGAAAAGGCAGCGCAGUGGUUUCCUCGUUUGACAGCAGGGCUUGUUUUACAGCACAAAACAACAAGGAUGAAGAUUUCAAGCGACGAUGCAGCAACAGAAAUAAUGGAGGAGACAGUUAGCUGAAAGCUCCUGACUUUAUCUCUUCAUCUCCCGGUGUGCGCUACGAAAUUAACGCCAGGCCACUUGAAUAUCGACUGAACUGCAGAUGAAUGCCUGUGCCUUAAGUGCCCCUUGAUUUGUUGUUGUUAGCCGCUAAUGCUAACCAGAUAAGUUGAGAGCUAGCUGGCCUAGCAAGCUAAUGGGUAAAGCCAGGAAAAGAUAAUUAGCCGCAUAUGUUUGGUUUACUUAGUGCUGUUCGGGCAAAUAAACUCGGCGCUGUUUAGCUAAUGGAGCCAGCUACCCGUGGCUUCAGUAGUUCAAGAACUGCAGCUUUGGCUAAGCUUUUGAAGUACCAGUUGUAGUAGUUAGUAACCUAGCUUACCCGUUAGCCACCACUACCCUUGGAAGAAUGAGUAGAAAACACCAUCAUUUAAAAGGAGCAGAAGUCAGCUGCUGUGUGAAAUACUUCUUAUUUGGAUUCAACAUUAUAUUCUGGUUACUAGGAGCAGCAUUCUUGGGCAUAGGCUUGUGGGCAUGGGCGGAGAAGGGCGUGCUGUCCAAUCUGUCAUCCAUUACAGAUCUAGGAGGCUUCGACCCCGUGUGGCUCUUCAUCGUUGUUGGAGGGGUCAUGUUCAUCCUGGGCUUUGCCGGCUGUAUUGGAGCGCUCAGAGAGAACACCUUCCUACUUAAAUUUUUUUCCGUGUUCCUGGGUUUGAUCUUCUUCUUGGAGCUGACUGCGGGGAUCCUUGCCUUUGUCUUUAAAGACUGGAUCAAAGACCAGCUCAACUUUUUCAUCAACAAUAAUGUCAAGGCCUACCGAGAUGACAUCGACUUGCAGAAUCUCAUUGACUUUGCCCAGGAAUAUUGGUCAUGCUGUGGAGCGCACGGGCCCGACGACUGGAACCUUAACAUCUACUUCAACUGCACUGAGCUGAAUCCCAGCAGGGAGCGCUGCGGAGUGCCCUUUUCAUGUUGUGUCAAAGACCCCGCAGAGGAUGUCAUCAACACACAGUGUGGUUAUGAUGUUCGGCUUCAAGGGGAGCUGGAUCGGCAGAAAUAUAUCUAUACCAAGGGCUGUGUGGGACAGUUUGAGAAGUGGCUUCAGGACAACCUGAUCAUUGUAGCUGGAAUCUUUGUUGGUAUUGCACUUUUACAGAUUUUUGGUAUCUGCCUCGCUCAAAACCUGGUCAGUGAUGUCAAAGCUGUCAAGGCCAACUGGUGACAGGAGAGGUGAAGUGAGGGAGUCCUGCCCCUCACACCCACACCAGGUCAACACAGCACACAAACGGUCUCAUCCAGCUGAGGACGGAGAGCCAUGAACAUUCAACACAGUCCACUUUACCACUGAGCUAAGCAGCACAUACACACUCUCACACUUGCAGACAAGCAGACACAAUGCGUUUACUUCCCUGUUUAUCAGUGACACUUGAGUGUGGGAGAAGAAAAAUAUCCCAAGCAAACCAAACAGUCAACACUUUGUUUACCACUCAGCUGGGAUUUUAACCCAAAUAUACAGAGGAUGGCCCAGCCUACUUCCGAGUUAGGUUCUGUUUUUCUGUUUCCUCUGAUUUUGUUCUUUGGACAAGUGUAUUUAUGGGUCACAGUUGCACAAGGACACCUGUCAGCUGGGAGAAUGGAGGCCAUGGAUGAAAGUAAGAGACAACAAAAAACACACAAAGGUUAAGGGACAACAAGUCUCAUCUUUUAGGUCAAGCGUUACUUUGUCACCGAGCCUCUGUCCCACUCAGCGAGGGGUUGAAUAUCUCCUCUAAAAACUGCCUGUUUUAAACAUGCUUAUCCCACUUCCUGCUGUAGGGGAUGGUGGGUGGCUGGCCGGCCGGCCAACAAACACAUGGAUUCCUCUACGUGUCAUUUUUCUCCAUUGUGACCUUUUAUGACCACUGAAAAGACUGAACACUGGCUGGUCGUGUCUGCAACUUCAAACCAUUUCAGGAGAUUUAAAUUCUAACUCAAAAUGUAAAAGAAAGUGCCAUUAAUUUCCAGUGAUAUUUUUGUCUCCUUCCUGAUCUUCACAUGGAAUUCUCUGCACCCCGCCCCACAAUACCUCAGGGCCUGGCUGAAAAUAUAUGUUUUCUGUCACUGGUUAAAAGCAUAUCUAUUUUUUCUCCAUCCAUGUCUGUUGAACUUGGAUAAAUAUGCAUGUCUGUUUAACUAAUGCAGAAAAACACUGACAGUUCCUCGAAAGUCGCCCUGUUUGCCCUGCAGUAAUUGUAUUAUCUGUUGAUUUACUGAAGGAUAUUGGAUUGUAUUAUAUAUAAUGGCCUGGUGUGGUUAGGAUUGUAGGUCUAUGCUAAAGCGGGAAAAGGGUUUAAUGAUAGAGUUUGUCUUUUAUCUCUGAGCAUCCCUCAAGCACAUGGGAUUGCUGGUCUGGGGCCUUUUUACUUGACCUAUGUUACCACAUUUGUCUUACAUUAAUUUUGUCCUCUGUAUUAUGAAAAGUCUUUGUGUGUUCUUAAAGAUGUCUUUUAUUCAUCCUUUAUUUCCUGUUCUUUCAUAGACACAGAUUUAUAUCCUGGGUUCAUUGUUUGACUUCAACAGGCACCUGUUUUACCUCUGACCCAUCAGUCAACUGCGAAAUAUCUUCUUAUUGUUGAUAUUGUUAGCAGUCCUAAUGGAGACCAAAUAAUAUGAGCUGGCCACAAACUAACUGCCAAGGUUUUAUCUGGCUACAAUUUAGAUUUUAUUAGGAAUGCCAACAAUAACAAAAAGCAUUUCUAGAUAGCCAAAAUGUGAAUUUAUCGUCCCUUUAUGUGGGAAGUGCCAGUUGAAUGGAGAAAUCAAACAAAAAGUAAAAAGGUUAUAGCAUCGCUUUUAUCUUUUAUUCAAUGUUGUGUCUUUUUAUUUGGACUGUUUUUUUUUGUUUUUUUUUUAAAUAGAAUAGUAAAUACAUGCAGUUUUGAUAUUAGCUACAUUCUCAAUAUAACAUGAAUGCUGCUUUAACUUUGACUAGAUUAUUGAUAUGUAGUGCAGUAACCAAGCUAAUAACAAGUCUCGCAUCAUGGCAUUUGAACAAUCUGCCAUGUUGUUAUUGUUUCCAGGCUAAGGAAAUAUUCCGAUUAUUUGUUCUUUCUCAAGUUUACACUUUCUACUCGGUUUAUGUUGCCCUUUGUUGUUCAUUAUAAAAAAACAAAAUCAGAACUCUUCAAGUUGCCCCUUGAAAAUUUUCAUUUUGUCCAUGAUCCUCACAGAAUGUAGUUCUAACUGGGUUCACUUGAUGAUUUAACACAUUACUCUAAGCAUUUAAUCAUUGCAGUUGUUUCCCGUUGAAGCAGUGUCAUUCACAUACAUAGCACAGGCAGGAUUUACACCAACACACACACAUCCAUAUGCACAGACACAAAAAACACAUUUUGAAUUGCAAUGCACAAGUUGGAAGAUGAGUAGCAUUAGUAGUCUGUGAACACUACACCAAAACCUUUCCUGCUUUACUGAGUCUUGUAUGUAGAAUAUAUAUCAGAGUUCAUCCAGCAACAGCACCUUAUGAUCGCCUGCCGUGCGUCAUUACAUGUCCUUAUCCUGUUUUUCUAAAUGUGUGUGGGCUUCUUUAAUUUCACUAACUGUUCUAAGUCAGUCUGUCCCACUUCAGUCUAGAAGAUCAGGGUGAAAACUGUUUGUUUGUUUUUUUCCCCUCUACAUCUAAAUUUUUAAAAAUGGGAUGUAACAGUUAAUAAUGUGUGAUGAAUCAGUUCAACAAAUCUUUGAAGGGUGCUCAUCUUUUUUUAUUUAAAUCACCCAUAAUUGGAAGUGUUUGCUCAGGGUCUUAACCAUUCCUUCUUCUCAUAAAAAUAACCUCUGCUUAUGCAUGCAAAGAGAUUUUAUGUUGUACAUGAUAAAAUAGAGGGGCUGCAGCCUUUUUGAGUGAUGCUGAGGAUCUGCCUGAAGGCAGAUGGAGGCCAUGGGUGUCAGUUCUGCUGCAGGGCAGAGCUGCAGCUCUUAAACAAAAAAGCACUCCUGCACUCUCUCUCUGCAGACACCGUCUCUCUCUCUCUGCAGAGAUAGGCCAAUAAUCAGACAGUCACCUUGGUAAUGAGGACUAUAGUGCCAUAAUAAUCUGUAGUAGCAGCAUGGCAGGACUAUAAUAUGCAGACUCAACAAAGGUGACUCACUGGAGUAUGUUUGUUUUAACAGCUUUGGGUAGUUCUGGUUUUGUUCUCCUUUAAUGCGGGGGAAAAGGGGAGGGAGAGAAUAAUGCUAAUUAUGCUUUGUCCUUUAUCGUAAUGGCCUUGCAUCAUGAAACACCCUCUUAAUUUCUCUGCUAUCCGUCUGGGCAGUUAAAUCAUUCCUGAGGAGGAGCCUUAUGCAUACCAUGAAUGUAUAAGUCUGUAUCAGCAUGGACCUACCGCUCCACACUCAGAAAUUAUCUUUACCCUUAUGCAGCACAAUGCACAACACAAAUUAAGUUUAGGAAUGUGAAUAAAGAGUUGUCCUUACAUAUAUUUUGGAUGUUAUUCUGGUUUUUACAUUUUAAAAUUUUGUUUUAGUGAGCAUGAAAGCAAUUGAGCAUUCCAUUUUUUUUCUGUUUCGAGGAGUGUGUGCAGACUUACGUGGACAGUUUAUAUGCAAUAUCGCAUUUUAAUCACCAGAAGCAACCAGUUAAACAAUGGUUUGGUUUUCAAUGUCUCUUCAGUAGCUGUAAAUGUGGAUGAUUUUUAAAUAUUAUAAAUCAUCAUCUCUGAGUUUUGAAAAUCCUCUGUCAAUGUAAAACUUCUUUAGCUACAUAUGCGUUUAUGAAUGAUUUUUCCUUUAUCCAUUUAAUACAAAAUGUUUGUCCUUGUGACUCUGAUAAUCUGUCCUGUGAUCCUUUUCAAGCUUUGAAGUCUGCUAAUGUCUCAAGGCAUUUCUGUUGAUAUUUCUUACAAAGGUGAGCAGCACAUCAGACAUUCACAAAUCAUACCUCAUCAUGUGCAGACGCUGGUCACAUCAGAGCACAAAGAAGAAGCAUAAUUGACUUGUUGGUGAGCAUAUUGACAGCAAUACCAUAAUAUCACAGUUGUUGGUACUGACAUUUCCAUUCCAGGUCAUGACAUUUGAUCAAGUGAAGUUGAUGAUGGGUUCUUUAUGGAGGCCCCAGAAGGCAAGUUAGGAAAAAAAUUCUGGUGAGCCCUUUGAUCUAAACUAUUUUCUCUCCUCUCGCUUUUCUCUCAUUUAUGACUUAAGAACCGGUGAAAACAAAGGUUUUCCCAGAAUAAACUUUUCUAAACUUUUUUUUCGUAUGUGAAACAAGUGUUGGAAAAAAAGUUUUGCCAAGUGAAACAAUGUCCAGACAACAACAACUGUUCGUUAGAUAGUGGCCUAACAGCUAACGUCAGUAUAGCUAAUGCUAACGGCAGGACACCGCCAAUUAAAAUACAUCUCUAGCCAAACCAAAGACAUGACUUGCUAACACAAAAAAUACUGUAUGCACCUUGCGUUCAGAGAGCGUCGAGAAUUUUAAAAUCACAGACACAAGACUGACUUUUUUUACCACUUGUUUUCACAAAUGAAACAGAAAAUAACCUUCUGGUAAAGCUUUUUUCAUCCAGUUAAACCUUUUUUCCGCAUGUUCACAAAUGGAAAAAAAUGAAGGACUUUAGAAAUACCUUUUUGUUUUCCCACCUCUUCUUGAGUCAUAAACACAGGAAAGAAAACUAUUUAGAUCAGACUUAAGAAAUGGAUCUCUAUUGGCUCUCAGGGCUUCCUUAGUUCUUACACAUUUGUCCACAGUUGAAGAAUAUGAAUACAGUAAUAAAUGAUAUUUUAACCACACAUAAACAACUAUAAAUAUCUUUGUUCCGCUGGGCAACAAAAACAUUUUUCUCUGUGAUACUUACAGUUUGUCCGUUUUCAGUUGUAUCUUGAUUGCAGCAGCAUACAGCAAACAAAUCCAUACUGUUGAUCCAUUCUUUCAGUUGAGACCCGUCUACUCCGACGGGCAGCCUUGUAAGAAAAUGUAAAUGAAAACUGUGGGACAUGGUCUGUUACACUGUAUAUUGUGUUAAAAUAUGGCUCUUUCAUAUAUUAAAGGAUUUAAGAUAA